AUGCCUGUGGCAAAAAAGGCUACCCCUUACCACUUCUCGGAACAAGCUGGGAAGAAUGGCGGUUUUGCGACAGCCAAGAAACCGGGGCAGAUCUCUCGCACACAACGUCUGCAUAGCCCUAUAGCAUCUUCUUCAAGAGUAAAGCUCGACAGGGCAGACGGAACAUCACGAAGACAACGUAAACCGACUCCCUCGACGCCACCGGCACAGAGCUUAGACUCUAACGUGAUCCCGAAAGUCUCCAGAGUAAACCUGAGUGAUUUGGAGUGUGUGAGGAUGCUAGGCGAUGGAGGUUGGGCCGAAGUCUACCUCGCCCAAGUCAAGAGCCGUACCACCCCAGAAUCCGGUGCGGUGUUCGCUAUGAAAACCAUCUCAAAGCGCAUAUUCCGCGACACGGAAAGAAAUGAUGACUGCUGGGAUCGAGACAUCGCCGCCGCCAAGAAGCACGCUGAGCGUCGAAUAUUGAGCAAGCUUCCUUGGAACCCCUUCAUCAUAGGUCUCCUGGACGCGUACGUUGAUGUUCGGAACACAUACCUGAUGCUCGAGUAUGCUCCCUGUGGAACGCUUCUGGACCAUGUCCAGCGCACUGGUGGACUCCACCUCCACGACGCCCUCUUCUACUACUCCAACAUCAUCCUGGGAAUCGAGUUUCUCCAUAGCCAGGGCAUCAUCCAUCGAGACAUCAAGACUGACAAUGUUCUUAUCGGCGCGGAUGGGUAUGCCAUGAUCACCGACUUCGGACUCUCGCGAUACAUCGACGAACGCACGGAGUGGACCGACCACAUAGGCACCAUCUCCUUCAUGAGCCCAGAAGCGCUCGCCAAGAACAUGGGCUCGCGUGAAUCCCGGUAUGCGGUCGACUGGUGGGCGGCAGCCGUGACUUUCUUCGACAUGCUCAUGAACGCCCUUCCCUUUAACGGAGUCGGGGUUACGAAGAUUCAGGAGAGCGUGACAGCACAGAAGAUCCAUUACAAUCGGCCAGUGCCUUCAGCCAUCGCAAAGUUCUUUCAGAAUGCAUUCAUGUACGACCUCGACAAACGCUUUGGCGCACUGUCGACGCCGCGCCCGAACGGCUCCAUGAUCAAUGCAGAACUCCGAUCACACCCUCUCUUCAAGGACAUCAGGUGGAACCGGAUCGCAUUGAGAGUAGAUCCCGCACCCUUCGUACCCGACCCUAUCCCGGACCCUCGCGAGGAGGUACAUUCCAGACCACUGCCCGAACAGCGCAAGCUCCCUGAGCUCAAGCUGAAACGCCCCCCUCCUCUACUGGAAUUCAACGAAAUCAGGGCAGACGCCGAACGCGCACGGAAGCGGCAGCGUGUCGAAAAGGAGGCAUCUGAGACGAUUCACCGCGCUCCAAGUACUACUCAAGCCGAAGCGGGAAGCGCAGCGUAG